CUCCUCCUCCUCCCUCUAAUGCCUGUAACUCACAGCCGAGGCUGGGCGAGGAAUCUGGAGGGGAGAUUUUCCUCAUGCUUACGGUGGCUGGAGACUGGAAGGAAGAGUGUAGGGAAGGAGGAAGGAGAUUUGUGGCGCUUUCUACCUACUACGAGACUGAAAAGGGGAGGGGGCACCUACAUUGCAUCGUCUCUUCGUGACUGAGAACUGCAGGUUCAGUCCGAUCCUACGGAGCUCUGGCGAUUGCUUAUUUAAAAAAAAAAAGAAAGAAAAAGAAAGAAAGAAAGAAAGAAAGAAAAAUUGACCGCGGGAGAAGAAAGGCUCAGUCUUUGGCAGCCAGACUCGUCUUGGAGGUGGUAUUGGGGCUACACAAUGGCAGUCUUCUAUCGCUAAGAUGAAUCCGGCUUGCCUUCUGCAGAUCCGCCCAUCCUCAGUUCCAUUUAGUAAAAGGCUAUGAUUUUCUCUUUGGGGAUCUUUUGUGCAUUACUGUUCUCCCUGGUUAGUUCUGAUCUCGGUUGGGAUUUCUUUGCUUUUUUUUGUUUGGCUUCAUGUGAAAAAGGAUUUUUUUCUCUCCAACCCUUUGGUCAUGAUCCAGUGGUGAUCAAGAGGGGAUAAAUCAUUCACCCUGGCCGAGAAAAAACAAUCGCUGAGAAGUCUCAAAGAGAUAUACCACGUGAGGGGAAAAAACUGGGAGAAGAUCCGGAAUAUUAACGUUUUUCCUAUGGUAAAACCGGUGCCCCUCUUCAGGAGAACUGAUUUCAAGUUAUUAUUAUGCAACCACAAGGGCCUCUUCUUUCUCAGGGUGUCUAAGCUGCUGGGUUGCUUUUCGCCCAAAUCAAUGUGGUUUCUUUGGAACAUUUUCAGCAAAGGAACGCAUAUGCUGCAGUGUCUUUGUGGCAAGAGUCUUAAGAAAAACAAGAACCCAACUGAUCCCCAGCUCAAGGGCAUAGUGACCAGGUUAUAUUGCAGGCAAGGCUACUACUUGCAGAUGCACCCCGAUGGAGCUCUCGAUGGAACCAAGGAUGACAGCACCAAUUCCACACUGUUCAACCUCAUCCCAGUGGGACUGCGCGUGGUUGCCAUCCAGGGAGUGAAGACAGGGCUGUACAUAGCAAUGAAUGGAGAAGGUUACCUCUACCCAUCAGAACUUUUUACCCCUGAAUGCAAGUUUAAAGAGUCUGUUUUUGAAAACUAUUAUGUAAUCUACUCAUCCAUGCUGUACAGGCAACAGGAGUCUGGCAGAGCCUGGUUUUUGGGAUUAAAUAAGGAAGGGCAAGUUAUGAAAGGAAACAGAGUAAAGAAAACCAAACCAGCAGCUCAUUUUCUACCCAAGCCAUUGGAAGUUGCCAUGUACCGAGAACCAUCUUUGCAUGAUGUUGGUGAAACAGUCCCGAAAGCUGGGGUGACGCCAAGCAAAAGUACAAGUGCAUCUGCAAUAAUGAAUGGAGGCAAACCAGUCAACAAGUGCAAGACCACAUAGCCAGAUCCUCAGGUGUCCUGACUUACUUGUCCCGAGCACAGUGGGGCGAUUUAUCCUUACUAGACAUUCCUGCUCCUGUGGCGGAAAAGCCCCAGCAAGCAAGCUGAUGCUUGUUCUAUGCUGUCUCAGACCUCCUUCGUUGCAAGUGGAUAAAUCUCAACCUGUGGUCCCCCUAUACCAAGAAGACACCUGGACAAACCAGCUAAACUCAGACCAUGGAAUGCCCUACCAGAUAUGGAAUGCCUUUUUAAUAUCUUUUCUGUGACUGUGACACUUCAUGUGAAUGACAUACUUCACAAGUACACUCAAUACCUUGCCUGCUGACAGCUACCCAUAAUCCUUUUUGAGUCCUGUUUCAGCGAAAUCCAUGUGUUUAAGUUCAAUUUUGUAGCACACAAAUAAUAUUGAGUAAUUUCUAGUUAGAUGCUGUAAACCUGUGCUAUCAUGGAUUUCUCUUCUUUCCAUUUUUACAGGGCUGCUCGCUCCACUGUUUGUGACCUUUAGCAGGGAUUGUGUUCCUCUGAAUCUUCAAUGUUGCAGUUGGUUUGCUUAGGAGAACAAUUAGGGAAUCAGGAAGCCUUCUAAACCUAUUACUACAAAUAGUAUCUAUAAAGAUUAAGAUUGUUGUCUUUGGCUCACAUUAUCGAUUAAACACACAUAUAUGUUCUGUCUAGUAGGAGACUCUGUGCUCCCGAGGUAGGCAUGGCCUGGGUGGAACAAGGGUCAAACACAAUCCAUGGAAAGCUCUCUAUGAUAGGUGUUUGGCAUUCCCUCUUAGUUUCUUUAUGUGUGUGUGUUUUAUACAUAUCACAAGCUUACUGGUAAUGGUAACAUUUGCCUUGCCCAGCGAGCAAGACCCACUUAGUUUUUGAGAAAGUGGGUCCAAAGAAUUCUGUAGGCCUUGUAGGCCUGAUUAAGGUUCAUUUUAUUUUCGUCAAUUAAUCCUCACUAUUGGGAAAAAAGAAUAAAAACCCAAAUCAUUACAACUAUAAGAAAUAUGCUACCUAAAUCCAUUUCCGGCCAACUCCUUCCUAUUUUUAAUGAAGAUAACUCAGUGCCACACCUGACUUGGGCUGCAUUCCAGUUAUCCUCAUCUUCAGCAAAGCAUGGGCAAGGCGGCUGUUGUGUUCUUUCCUGCAGCAGCAAUGCACACGUUAGUAUAAAUUAGACUUUCAAAUUUUUGGUAUUUAAUGACAAGUUUUAAAACUGGGUGUAUUACGGGUUUUGUUUGCUCUUUUAUUUUGGGUUUUGUUUGGCUUGGUUUGUUUCUGUUUUGCUUUGUUUUGUUUUGUUUUUAGCUCAACAUGGGACCUGGUAUCCUCCUGGAUGUUAGCAGUAUAUAUACCUCUAACUCAGCUAUGUUAGGCCCAACAGGCUGGUUAGAGAUGAUUUGUCAAGAUUUCAGAAUACAGUUUGUUGAGUACCCUAGAUAAAACUAAAGACAACCCAACACACCCCAGCAAUUGGGGUUUGGGCAUUUGAUUUAUUUAAUUUUGUUUUAUUGCUUUAAUUUCAUUUUGAAUUGAAUUCUGUAGAACUCAAAGUUUAGGGAUGCUUAGAAAGGCCGUGAAUUGCUGGAGAUACCUUAAAGAUUUCAUGCAAAGUGUUCAAUAACAGAUAUAAAAAGCUUCAAAAUGUUUAGUACUAAACUGUUUGGAAAAAUAUUUGUUAACUGUAUGUACUCUUAAUAAAAUUCCAUGUUUUCUUCUCAGAAGAAUUCAUUGAGACCAAACUGAACCUCUUUUAUAAGAAACAACUGAUGUAGGAUCAAUGUACUGGCCUCUUGUUAUUUCCAUGUGGCAGGAUGACCUACUUGCCAUUGUCCCCAUAUACACUGUACUUACUGGGAAAUUAUUUUCUCAUUGCUUUCAUGAAUCUCCAUGACAACCUUUGCCCAGCGUAGAAAAAUUUUGGCCUGCUUAGCUAAUUAAAGAUUCAGUAUAAAUUUAAGUGUUUAUGUUCAUUUCAUUUUCAUAUUAGAUUCCAUUUUAAUAAAUAAACAUUAGCAAAAUCUUUGAGUAGAUUUAUUGUCAAUAAUGCUAAAUUGAAAAUAAAACAAAAUAACCCCUUUGACCACUCCUGAUUUGGUGUUAUGCUUAACUAGAUGAAACUCAUUAGCUGAUUAUUUAGAGAAGACAUAGAUUCAUAAUAUGUGGUGAAAUAUGAAUAACUUGUAAUUCCUAUUAGUUGGGUUUGUAGACACAGCUUAUACCCCUCCACAUGCACACACAUCCCAAACCAACCUAUCUUUCUGUUUUUGAUAAUCAACACUACCUGAGAUUUCUGUUCUCAAGACCUAUUUAGUGGUUAAAAUUGAGGCAAGAUUUAUUUUUGUAAAUGUCUAAGAUUUAUGUUAAUGUUUCCUUCUGUUUGUUUUGUUUCCCAAGAUUUGUCUUUAAAAGCAUUUAUUACUGUAAGUAGGUAUUCAAGUGGUUUAUUCUAAUAUAUGUUUAGACACAUUGGAGUGGGGUCCUUGUUAUCUUUGAUUUAGUUAGACCAUUUCCUUUGUGUCUGGUCUCACCUGUUGCAUGGGAAGAGGAAAGCACCAAAUGACCUGCAUGUACUAGGACUCAUGUAUCCAGAAGUGCUGGUAUGUAUUAUUCAAUUUACAUACAGAGAGAUUGUCUGUAUUGUACAAUUUGUGUUUCUUAUCAUUUGUUGUGUUCAUAGCUGUGACAUAUCAAAUCAAAUACUUAUAUGAAGGCAUAUGGAAACCAUAAAAUAAUUUUGUGUAACAAAAUAGCAUUGUAUCACCCCAAAUAUAGAGAACUCCCAUGUAAAUAAGUUGAUAAACUCAAUUUUCCCCUUUACCAUGCCAAAGAAAAUUUUAGCUCCUUGAUGAUACCUCUCUUGCUAUUUUUCUGGAACAAGGUCAUCAUUCCUUCCCUCAGAAAUUCAGUUUGCUACCAUUAAAUGCAAUCUGUCAUCACUGAUGUUCUGUAUAGUAAAUCUGAUGGAACACAUUUGUAUUUAUAGACUGUGUGUUUUAUAUCUUCCUGUAUGUAUGUUCAUUGUACCAAGUCUAUAGAAGACCCAUUCAUUCUGCAUGCAUAUCCGGUAGGGGAGGGUUAGUUCUAUCACCUUUUUAUGGUACCUGAUUGCUUUGCUUAUCCAUCAACAGUGCUCAAUGUUCAUCCUCUGCAUAAUUCAAGUAACACCAUUUUUGUUUUCAAAUAAGUUUAGUUCCUAAAAAUUUUUACUACUUUCCUUGGAAAUAAUUGUGAAAGAUGCACAAACAGUUUGUUCUGUGUGAAGAGCAAAGGGAAUUGAGCACUUUCCCUAUUAUUCUGGAGAAUGUGGAGUCUUGCUUUAAGUGUUUGCUUGUUCUGGGUACUUUGGGUGAGGAAUAGAUCAAUAAUGGACACUACAACUUUUUCUCUAGUGUUUCUAGUUACGGGCUUUUUAGAAAGUAAGCAAAAUGUAUCAUAUCUGACCAUUUAAUUAAUGAUUGAACUACUAAACUAUCUUUUUCUCUUCUCUAUAGAGUGACCAAUAUCAGAUUUGGUCUUUAAACAAAAACUAAAACUAAAACAACAACAACCGCAAAUCUUUUGUUGUUCCUUAAAGUGAAUAUGUAUUACUUUGUUAAUUUUUUUCCAAACAUCACGCGUAUAAUAUGUGUUUGAUGUUUCUCAAUGAAGGUUAGUGAGACUAAACUGACUAAGGUUCAAAUUAGAAGAAACAGAAAAUAGUGGGAAAUGAUUUCCUAUUUUAUUUUAGGAAAAUAUUAUAUCCUAGGGGAACAAUUAGGCCAAAUUUCUAAAUAUUUUCUGAAGUACAGGUUUAGUCAAAUCCAGAAUGUAAAUUGUGUUGUUCUGGAUUAAGAGACAUAGGUAAUUAAGAGUUUUACAAAGUGAAACACAAGACUGAGUAAGUGUCUGGAAUACUAAGUAGCUUUCAGAAAAGUUGUGACAGUUGAGCUUGUAAAUUAAGACUUCACUGUAUUUUUUUCUAUGUUCUAGGUUCUCAUUUAGUAUAAUUCUGAUAUUUACUGGUGAGCUGAUAGAGAUAAGUCACUUCUUCCCUGGUGCUGCUAGACUCCAGAUGAACUCAGGAUUCUUGAAAGGAACAAUGGUUCUCUUCCUAAAUUUAGAACUUUUGUCCCCUGGAGGAAUUCUUCAGUUAUGAUUUGCUAAAUAAGCAUGGCGAAGAUCAUCAAAAUUGAUUAACUUAAUGUCUCCUUUACAAUUAUCAUGUAUCCUAGUGUAAUUUUUGAAAACCACAAGUAAGCCAAAGAGAUUUGUUUAUUUUCUUCUACUCAUUAUGAAUUUGUCCUUGCUUGGCAUUCUCAAAAAAAAAAAAAAAAAAAAAAAAAAAAAAAGGUAGAUUCUAUCUUGGAGUCAAAGUAUAGAAACAUUUAGAUAGAAGAUAAGUUAUAUUCUUGCCUAUCACCAUGUGUUUUAGUUUUGGUUUGGUUUCUUCCUCUUCUUCUUCCUCUUCCUCUUCUUCUUCUUCAUCUCUUCCUCUUCCUCCUCACUUUCCUCCUCCUCCUUCUUUUACUAUAAAAGUGUGUGAAAUCUAACACUUCUUUAUAGAUGUUGGCAUUUAUAGAUUUUUACUGAUGUUGGCAUGGCUAGGGCCAAAUACAGGUUGACAAACAGACACACAAAUAUUAGCAAAUAAAAUUAAUCUUAUUUUUAAAAAAAUCUGUUUUCCAAGGAAAAGAACUGAUUAGAAUUUAGGUUAUUAAGGCAAAUACUGCAGCUUUCUUCCAUAGUCUAUAACAAUGUACCACAGAACAUGGUGACCUACCACAUAUUUUCAUGUUGUCCAAAAUUCAGGACAUAGCACACUUUAUUCUUCAUGAAAAAAAAUUCAUUUUUCCAAUGUCUUAAACUCUAUUCUGAGAACUCCUAAAUGGUCAGGAUAUUGCAACACGUUUUUCUUACAAAAAUAUAAGAAAAGUAACACAUACUUUUACGAUAGAUGCUAUCUAUAGAAAUGAUAAAAACUAGAGAGGAAAUUAUAACAAUAAAAUAGACGCGCUUAAUGAAAAGGGUCAUAAGGAACUGAAAGUAAUUCCAGGGAAGCAAAUACAUAGCUGUGAUUAAAGCCAGCCCACAGGUUUUUUUAUGUAUGGACUGAGAGUUCAGGAUAGAUUUUAUUUAUUUGUUACAGUUUUAAAACAUUAUACAUUAAAAAACACUCUCCCUCAGUAGUUUCUCUAAUAGGAACUGUCCAGAUCUUUAUAGAAGGCUGAGUCUUAUAGUAAGAAAAGCUGAAGGCCAUUGUACCAUGAUGGGAAGGUUAGUGAAUCUUAAUGCUUGCAAGUCAACCACCACAUCAUCAGAACUGGUAUUGAAUUAUUAUAAUUGUUUUUUUUUUCUGGUUUAAAAUCUAUUUAGAGAGAUAGAAAGUAUAGAGAAAAAAAGGAAUGAAAUCAUACAUACUAUACCUUAAUUCCUUAUAUUUCCUCCAAUUUACAAAACUAACAUUGAUUACCAGCUCAGUAAGUAAUAGAUAUACAACCAGUAUGGCUGGGUUCCCUAAUCUCAGGAUAGAGGCAACAAUUUUAUAAAUACGUUAAAUUCUGAGAACCUUAUUAUUACUAUAAAGCCAGCACCAGUGACCCUUCAAAUACUUCUCAGUAUUUAGUUUUUAAGUAACACAGCGGAGGUGUGUUUUCUUUACAUUUGGAGACUUGACUGAUAAAGUCCAAGCCAUGAUUCUAAAAUAUUUGCAUUAUUAAUAUAAAAUUUGCAAGUAAAAAUUCAUCUUAAAACAAAACAGAAAUGAUUUUGCUAUGUUAUUUUGGAUUUUACAAAUAAUUCACAUUUAGGGAAAAGGUAUUUUUUUAGCUUUAAAUAAUGGUUGAUUUAACUAUGUGUAUAAGUAGAUCUAACUGUAUAUAUGCAAGAGAAUCCCAAAUAUUGUACAUUUUCAUAAUUCAAUGUGAAUUUCAUACAGAGCAAAAUUUCACCAGAAAAAUAAACAUUUUGUUCGUAUCAUUGAGUGAAUAGUUGUAAUUUUGAUUUAAACCAUUUCUAGAAUUUUAGUGUCCACUUCUGAACUUGUAAAAUCAAUGUCAUCUUUUUGACCCCACCAUUUCUUUGAAGAAAGGAGAGCCAUUAAAGGGAAAUGAAUGCAGUAUGAAGACCCUCAUGUUUCUAAGUAGACACUGUCUUCUUCAGAGGAUAAAUUACAUGAAGUAAUUUAAGUAUGAAAAAUCAGAUUUCUUGUACAUGUAACCCAUGUCUAGUCUUAAAAACAAAAUCUGUUAGUUCUUAGGAUCUAAAGUGGUUAUUCCAAUUUAUUCUUCUCUGCCGUGUUUGUUUUCCGUGAGUAAAUAGAUAUUGACACAGAAUAUAAACAACUUAUGUCAUUAUUUAUUAAAAUGUCAAAUUGUGCAUUUAUCAUUUCUUCCUGUAAGAGAAUCUUGUGAGUUUAAAGCCCUUGUGAUCUGGGAAGCCCCCAACCCAUCAUCACACCUCAUAUGUGUCUGUCAUAAUCAUCCCAUAUACAAAUUCAGAGUCAUAUGGAAUCCUGGAAAAUCUGACUGGUUGGUUUAUGUGAGAAUAAAUAUUAUCCUUAUAUUCUGA